AUGGACCUGGCCCACACGCGCACGCUGCGCGGCCACGUGGGCGCCGUGCUCUGCGCGCGCUACACGAAGGACGGCACCUACGCCGUGACCUGCGGCGCGGACCGGAGCGUCAAGCUCUGGAACCCGAAGCGCGAGGCGCCGACGACGGGCGCCCUGCUCAUCAAGACCUACGAGGGCCCCCACAGCAAGGAGGUGUCGAGCGUCGCCGUCGCCGACGACUCGGCGCGCAUCGCGUCCGUCGGCGGCGACGCGACGGCGUUCGUCUGGGACGUGGCCACGGGCGCCGUCGCCCGGCGCCUCGAGGGCCACACGUCCCGCGUCAACUGCGCCGCCUUCUGCGGGCCGGGCCACUGCGUCCUGGCGACGGGGUCCUACGACCAGACGGUCAAGCUCUGGGACCUGCGGUCGCAGUCGCGACGCGCGCUCCAGACCGUCGAGGACUUCAAGGACAGCGUGACGGCGAUCGCCGUCGCGGCGCGCAAAGACGCGGCGGGCCCGAAGCGGCCCAACGGCCGCGGCGCGGCGCCCGAGCGCGGGUUGGUCGCCGCGUCCGUCGACGGCACCGUGCGCACCUUCGACCUGCGCAAGGGCCGCGUGCACGAGGACGCGCUCGGCGUGCCCGUGACGUCCGUGGCGCUGAGCCGCGACGGCGCCUGCGUCGCCGCGUCGUGCCUCGACUCGUCCGCGCGGCUCCUCGAGCUCGACAGCGGCGCGCAGCUCAAUCUGUACACGGGCCACGCGCACUGCAAGUACGCGCUCGAGUGCACCUUCUCCCACAACGACGCGCACCUCGCGUCGGGCUCCGAGGACGGGGCGCCCAAGGUCUGGCGCCUCGUCGAGGCGACGGUCGCCGCGGACCUCGCCGGCGCGCACAAAGCCGCGGCGACGUCCCUCGCGUGGCACCCGCGCCAGGCCGACGUCCUCGUCGCGUCCCACGACGGCACCGUGUCCCUCUGGGAGAAGCCGCCCUAA